CUCCCAGCGGUUGUCGAUUGUUAAGCACCGGACGCAUUUUGGAAGCGUUCCACCGUCAUCAUGGUUGCUUCAGCAGGAUCGAAGAAGCGCAAGGCUGUUACCCGAGAUGUUGAGGAGGAAGCUGGCGCAUUCUCCGGUGACGAAUUGGCUGGAGACUUAAACGGCGCGCUUUCGGACAGCGCCAAUGAUCUGUCUAGCGAUGAAGACGACUCUGAAGUCGAAUUAGUGGACGAGUUCAGCAGCGAUGAAGACGAUGAUGAGGAGGACGAGCUUGAUAGCGACGAGAUUCCCUCGGACGGCGAAGAUGCCGUGCAGAAGAAGUCCGACAAAUUGACUACAGCCCCCUCGGACGACGAAAGCUCGAGUGACGAGGCGGAGGUAAAUUUCCGCAUUGAAAAGGAUGCCAAUGGCAAUGACCGCUAUGUCUACGAUGAAAUUAACCCGGAUGACAACUCGGAUUACUCUGACGUCGGCGAAAACUCGAAUACAAUCGGCAAUAUCCCGUUGUCCUUCUACAACCAGUACCCCCACAUCGGUUACGAUAUCAAUGGAAAGAAGAUCAUGCGUCCCGCUACAGGUGAGGCUCUGGAUGCACUUCUCGAUAGCAUCGAGAUCCCGAAGGGCUUCACAGGUCUUACCGAUCCUUCCACUGGAAAGCCUCUGGAGCUCAGCCAGGACGAGCUGGAGUUGUUGCGCAAGGUGCAGAUGAACGAGAUUCCUGAGGACGGAUACAAUCCUUACGAGCCAUUGAUGGAAUGGUUCACCACGGAGAAGGAGGUCAUGCCCUUGAGCGCUGCUCCUGAGCCUAAGCGCCGCUUCCUACCGUCUAAGCAUGAGGCCAAACGCGUCAUGAAGAUCGUCAAGGCCAUCCGAGAAGGUCGUAUCCUCCCUUACAAGCCCCCAGCGGAGCAAGACGAGGAGGACAAGGACAUCAUCAAAUAUGAUCUGUGGGCGGACGAGGAGGAGCGACCCGAUCACAUCAUGCACGUCCCCGCCCCCAAGCUUCCACCUCCCGGCUAUGAAGAGAGUUAUCACCCCCCUCCCGAAUAUCUCCCUGACAACAAGGAGCGCAAGACCUGGGAGCAAAUGGACCCCGAGGACCGGGAGCGCGAGUACCUGCCCACCGACUUCGGCUCUCUGCGCAAGGUCCCUGGUUAUGGCGAGUUUGUCAAGGAGAAGUUCGAGCGUUGCUUGGACCUUUACUUGGCCCCCAGAGUUCGUCGCAGCAAGCUCAACAUCGAUCCCGAGAGCCUGCUGCCCAAGCUUCCCAGCCCCGAGGAGCUCAAACCUUUCCCCUCUAUGUGUGCCACCGUUUUCCGAGGACACAAGGGCCGUGUUCGCUCCCUUUCGGUCGAUCCUACUGGCGUUUGGUUGGCAACUGCUGGCGAUGAUGGAACUGUUCGUGUCUGGGAGCUGCUCACCGGUCGUCAGCUGUGGAGCGUUCAGCUGAGCGAAGAGGAAGCCGUCAACGUCGUCCGCUGGAGACCCGGCAAGGACGCUGUGGUUCUGGCCGCCGCCGCGGGUGACGACCUUUACCUCAUGGUGCCCUCCAUUCUCGAUCCCGAGCUAGAGAAGGCCAGUCUGGAGCUCCUUGACGCUGGAUGGGGAUUCGCCGCCUCGAAGCCCGCUCCCAGCGCCGCGGAGGAAGGCAAGCGGGCACCUCCCCAGUGGAUCCGCCCUUCGUCGACUCUUGCCGACUCCGGCGUCUGCGCGGUCAUUCCCCUCCGCUACGUGGCCAAGUCUAUCUCCUGGCACCGCCGCGGAGACUAUUUUGUUACCGUCUGCCCUGGCUCCUCUACUCCUGCUUCGAUGGCUGUGGCUAUCCACACGGUCUCGAAGCAUCUGACGCAGUACCCCUUCAGCCGGCGCAUCAAGGGCGGUGGUCCCCCGCAGACCGCCCACUUCCACCCCUCGAAGCCGAUCCUCUUCGUCGCCAACCAGCGCACUGUUCGCGGAUACGACCUCUCCCGCCAACUCCUCGUCAAGAUCGUCCAACCCGGUGCCCGCUGGAUCUCCUCCUUCGACAUCCACCCGACCUCCUCCACCGCCUCCGGCGGCGACAACCUCAUUGUUGGUUCCUACGACCGUCGCCUCCUGUGGCACGAUCUCGAGCUCUCGCAGCGGCCGUACAAGACCCUGCGGUACCACCGCAAGGCCAUCCGCGCCGUCAAGUUCCACCCCAGCGGCCGCUACCCCUUGUUCGCCGACGCCAGCGACGACGGCUCCCUCCAGAUCUUCCACGGCAGCGUCACGGGCGACAUGCUCAGCAACGCCAGCAUCGUCCCGCUCAAGGUCCUCAAGGGCCACAAGAUCACAGGCGAGCUGGGCGUGCUGGACAUCGACUGGCACCCCCGCGAAGCCUGGUGUGUCAGUGCCGGUGCCGACGGCACGUGCCGUUUAUGGAUGUGAAAAUUCCCUCAAGCGCAUACUGUCUUGGGAUAUUCUUCGUCUACUGUUUGUUCCCAUCAUAUCUACAUGAGAGGCGUUCUCGGUGUGUGUAUAUACAAUCAUUCUUCCUUCGAUAUCCAUUCAAAAGUUAUC